AUGUCAGAUCCCAUCAGUGUCAUCGCCGGCGGUGGUCGCUGUUCUUCAGGUCAUUCAAACAAUAGCCCAAGUUUCAGAUCUUUGUAUAGAUAUGUUGCUUCCGUCCGCAACGCCAAUUCGUCUUGUCAGAGUCUGCUUAAUGAACUCAGCGCAGUCGGUGGCGUCCUCACCACAGUUAUGGUGAUCGAGAAGGACAGCUCUCUUCCACCCAAUCUCAGCAACGCACUUUCAAAAUUGAUGGCUACAGAUGGACCAGUUGCAAAUUUACUGGCAGAACUGAAGAGCAUUCUGCCAAACGAACAGGCACGGGAGAGCGGGAAAAUGAAGAUGACUUCCAGAUUGACGUGGCCAUUCAAGGAAAAGGAAGCAGGCGCGAUCAUCGAUAAAUUGAAAAACUACUGCGGCGAGAUCACACAAAUUUUAGCAGUCGACACAUGGAAUACACUCAAGGAAGUCAAUCGUAAAGUCAAGAAAGCUAAUCGUGGAAUCCAAAAAGUCAAACGAGGAGUUGAGGAAUUGAAAAAUAUUUCUGCUGCACAAAAGGUGCGCGAAAAAGGCGAGGAACGUCGAAAGUUUCUUGAAUGGAUGAACCCCGUGUUUUGUGAUGACAAGCACGCCAUCUGCCAUGGUCAACGAAACCUUGGGACCGGUCGUUGGAUUUUCCACGCCGGUGAGUAUAAGACUUGGAUCACGUCGGAUCACGCGUUUCUAUGGUUGAAUGGCCACCCUGGACAUGGAAAGACGAUCCUUGCCUCAGCCGUCAUAGACAAAAUUCAGGGUAGCAGUGAAGCAGAGCUACAGACGCUCGCUUUUUUCUACUGCAACUUUCGAGACGACAAAACGACAAACGCGGCUGCAGUAUUGCGCUCCUUGAUUGUUCAGCUGCUUCAACAAUCUAAAGACGACUGGAUCACAAAGAUAGACGAGAAGCAAGAAUCAAACACAAAAGGGGACCUUGCUUCUCUGCGAAACCUCUGGCAGCAACAACGUGAUGCAAAGCCACAUCCCACAGAUCUGGGAUUUCUACGAGAGCUUCUUGUUGAAGCGUCUACGCUAGUAUGCCGACCAGUCCUCGUGAUUGACGCCUUGGACGAAUGCAAGGACUACCCUGACCUGGUCGGACAUCUUGUAAACCUUGCCGAAGAUGCUCGACUACUACUUUUCGUCACCGGUAGAAGCGAGCAAGACAUCCAAGAAGCCUUUCGUGAUCUCCCUACCAUGUCGCUGAAGGACAGCGCAGGACAAAUGAAAGACGAUAUACAGGUGCACAUUACUGAGCAACUGAGUACCCAGAAGCGCUUGUCACAACUACCAGACGGGCUGAAGAAGACAGUUUUGGAGAAAUUGUUGGAAAAGGCCGAGGGCAUGUUUCGCUGGGUUCAGUGUCAACUGGACGUCAUUAUGAAGUGCAAAACAUCUGGCAGUAUUCAAAAAGCCCUCGACGACCUUCCAAAAGACCUACACGAAACUUAUGAUAGGAUCCUUCACUCCAUUGAAGAAAGAGGGGGAGACGAUGGCCCGAUUUCCCAGCGUUGCCUGCUUUUGCUGGCCGGCACAUUCACCCCUUUGACGCUUGACGAGCUCAAUGAAGCGAUGAUGAUUGAAGUUGGGCGGCCGAGUCUCAAUGAGGACCUUCGCGUUUUGAACACUAUGGAUAUCGUGGCCGCGUGCGGAAGCCUUGUAACCUACAAUGAGAAAACUAGGAUCGUCGCUCUAUCUCAUUAUAGCGUCAAAGAAUACUUGAUCAGUCGCCCUAAUAAGAUCUUCAGAUCGAUUUCGGACAUGCACGCACGGAUCUGCGAGCUCUUGAUUACGUAUGUGUUAUAUGACUUUGUGGACGAGAUCUGCGCAAAACUUGAGCCUGAAGAGAAACAAGCAGCCAAACCGUGGCUACGUGUUGAUAUCGCCGAUGUCAGCAAAGACCAUCCAUUGCUGAGCUAUGCGAUUCUAGGAUGGAAGCACCUUGGUCAUGUUUUGGACGAGGAUCCUUGCAUUAUGAUCGCCCUGUCACGGCUGGAACUUGGAGUUUCGUCGAAACACCAAGAAAUGUCGCGUGCUUGCAACUAA